UGCGAGGUUAUGCGCAUGCUGCUAGCUGACCAGGGCCAGAGCUGGAAGGAGGAGGCGGUGACCUUGGAUGCCUGGGGGCAGGGUACACUCAAGGCUUCCUGUCUGUUUGGGCAACUCCCCAAGUUCCAGGAUGGAGACCUCAUCCUGUACCAAUCGAAUGCCAUCCUGCGGCACCUGGGCCGCUCCUUCGGGCUCUAUGGCAAAGACCAGCAGGAGGCUGCACUUGUGGACAUGGUGAACGAUGGACUGGAAGACUUCAUCAGGCACCUGGGCCAGCACUGGGGUCACGUCUGUCCACAGGAGGAGGGCAAGGCCCAGUAUCUGAAGGAACUUCCAGGACACCUGAAGCCAUUUGAGACUCUGCUGGCCCAGAACAAGAGUGGCCAGUCCUUCAUUGUGGGUGGCCAGAUCUCCUUUGCGGACUACCGACUGCUAGACCUGCUUCUGAACCAGGAGCGUCUGUUCCCUGGUUACUUGAAUGACUUCCCCUUGCUCUCAGCCUAUGUGGCACGCCUCAGAGCCCGACCCAAGCUCAAAGCCUUCCUGGACUCCCCUGAGCACGUGAACCGCCCCAUUUCUUCUCGCCUAAAGAUAUGA